AUGAGCAGGCCUCCAGCAACAUCGCGCAAGGUCGGGCGCGCGCUGGUGCUACUGGCGCUCUUCUUGGUGUGUCUGCCAGAGCCUAAGACCAGCGCUUUGAACAGUGUUACAAGUGUUCCCGAGCAGCUUCAGGCGAGCAACGCAGACGGCGCGGGCUUUGCUUGGAGCGGGGGCCGUGCAGUUUCCAAGGUCGGUUCCUCCGGGAAUAUGGGCACAGAACUUGCUGGUCGCAUGCAGGGCCAAGGCGAAAAGGGUUUGUCGUUUCGGCGUGGCGUUGUUCUGACGGCGUUUCCUUCGCUCCUGCCCGAGUGUGUUCAUGUUCUGAGCAGGGGCCUCUGCAACCUCGUGAAGACGAAGAUAAGGAUCAGUCCAUGUUGGGAGGCCACCUCAGAAAAGGAUCAGGAUGAGGUGGAAGAGGCCAAAGGAAGCUUCGAUCAGGCCGACUGGCUAGACAAGACAGCUGAAGAGAUCCGGUGGUUUGGAACUGAGGAGGUCGGUUAUUGGAUCAGAGCGGUCUUGGAAGAGGCGAGCUACGACAACGACGAAGACGAGGAGGUUGUGCAGGAGAUUACAAAUACUCUGAAGGUCGAGAGUGUCAAAGGCCGCGCGCUGUUGCUGUUGACUUCGGACGACAUGAAAGACAUGAAGAUUCCCGUGGGGCCGCGCAAAGUCCUGGAAAAUCGCAUCGCUGCCGUGUCAAAGGCGACAGCCAAGGCCGGGUUUUUUUGGGUUGUUGGGGGUCAUGCUCUCUCUCCUCCAGACGGGAAUCUCGCAGGAUCCCCUCGUUCAGCUGUCUCACGGGCUUGUUGUGAACACUUCCGGGAGCAGGAGGGGCUUUCGGAGCAGUGGGCUCUUGGCUGCCCUGAGUUUGCAGCACUUCGGGCUGUGUGGGCUGUGCAGUUGUUGCUGUUGCCUUUGCUUGCGGCACUCCCGCGUGGUCGUCGUGCGUUUUCGUGCGGUCCAACCGUUUGCUUUUUGGGGUCAUGCUCUCCUCUCAGCAAGGAUCCCCUUGUCGUUAAGCUUCACUGUGUUGGCUUGCAGCAGUUCGGGGAGCGGGAGGGGCUUUCCGAGCAGAGGGCUCUUGGCUGCUUCAGGUUCAUGCAAAUCUGGUUGCCCUUCGUGUUUUGCCGAUGCUUCAGAACGGGGUGUCAGUCCUAG